AUGCAUGGAAACGUUUAUCUACGUGACUACCUACCACCUACGACUCGAUGGCGGCGGCAACAAGUGGCAUGGCUGGUGGCAACAAAUGACAAGCCUACAGAUAUAGCGUUGGACACGCAGCACACACAACAAGCCAGGGAGAUCGCUCGUAUCAAACCAACUUAUUUUGUGCUGAGACGAUCCACAAACUCAACAGUCAUUGGGUUUUUUGGCGGCAACCCAUCGAGGACAAACACCAACAUUGCUAAGCAAGCAGCAUAUCCAAUAAUUGCGGUCAUCAUCGAAUCCAGCAACACGGACAAUCGAUCCAGCUAUCCUUAA